CACACUGCGUACUACGCCUGAGCGCCAUCGCAUUGCAGGUGGGGUUCCUACGUCGUCUUUUUCUCUGUUGCCUGGCGUUCGGUAACUUUUCUGUUGUGUACUUUUCUCGAUUGUGGUCGAUUGCAAACAAACCCUCGGCAAAAUGGCGAAAUCAAAGAACCACACCAACCACAACCAGAACAAGAAGGCUCACCGUAACGGUAUUAAGAAGCCUCAGAGGAAGAGAAAGAUGUCCACCAAGGGGAUGUGCCCGAAGUUCUUGCGCAACCAGCGCGCGUGCAAGAGAGGCAUGAUGAAGUCCGACUAAACGAGCGGCCAGCCCCGCGCAGCUGGCAGGCUUCCUAGCGCCGUGGUGUGAAAAAUCACUAGUGAGGGGCUUGUCAGUGAAACAGUCAGUUGAAACGUCCGGGAGUGCAAGUUGUCUGCCAAACACUGUCACUAUGGCCUCGUUGCCGGGGUCUGGACCAAGGGGUCAAGGUUCUUUGGUGUGGCUUUUGUGUGGUGACCACCUCUAAACGGACUGUCGGAGGCGAUAGAUGUAAACACUUCCUUCCUAACGAGUCCUCGUCUGAUGGCUGGUACAAAUUGCUUAGGAUUCACUGCGAACAGCGGCUCGUGCGGGCUAUUUGCAGUUGUAAUCCCUACAAUUGGGCAUAGUAUUAAGUUGCCCCAUAAGCAUCUUCUGUCGUAUAGAGUUGUUCCAGAGGGGACGACGAGCGGGGCGCCGUGACAUCUUCAGUAGCUGGUAGCGAGCGAGAAACUUCCAGAGAGAAUGACUGCACAUGCGGUUUAAUAUCGUGGCAGAGCCUUUUCCCUCACUCUGCACACCUCGACUGUC